AUGUGUCCUGACAUCAAUUCCCUUCCUCCGUCUCGUUCCGCAUCUGCUUCCCCACGCCAACGACGGACACUCUCCAGCUUAUUGGACGCGCUAGCACCAACCCAAACCAUGUCAUCAACCGGUCCUCCCAAUCCCACUUCAUCGACUCACAACAACCACUCCAACAGCACUAGCAACAUGACCACCGAGCUGCCACGUCGGCACCGCCCGAUCUCGGUCUCGGAGCGUCGCCGGUCGGGAAACCUGGGCCUGAACACUGGCAACAAUGGCUACAAUGAACCGAGUAUCGGAGAUGUGCCGGCGUCCUCUGAGCAUCGGUCGUCCAUCAGCCACGGCAUCCGUACCUCGAGCCCGUCCAAUAUCGGGGGAAGCCCUGUGAUUGGCACCGGUGAUCCGCAUCACCAGCGUACUCCAUCCCUCGGGGAGCUUCAUCAAGAACUCGAGCAAGAACAAGAAGCUCAAGUGAACCGACUUCUCCAAACAAUCAGAAGCCAACAGGUUCGGCUGCAGCAUCUUGAGCAGCAACAUCAGCAGCCACAGUCUGCAAUUGAUGAUGUGACUCCGUCCUCGGAGCGCUCUGCAACAUUCCCCCCAGUUGCCCCUCUGUCAACUGCAGGCAAUCGGACUUCAACUCAGCUGUCUUCUUCGCUAUCAAGUCGCCGUCCGAGCCAGGCACAAUCACCCAGUCUCCGACCAUUGGCCGACGCCCGCAGCUCCGAGACUCUAGAGUGGGUCCCCGGCCCCAGUGAGAGCGCAGGAAGGCGGGGCAGCAGAGACGAAAGUAGCUUUUACCAAGCCGAGGCGGCAAUGCUCUCUCGGGAGAAUCAGAUGUUACGGCAGCGUAUUCGGGAACUAGAACGCCAAGUGAGUGACUUGACGACGAAUAAUACCUCCACACGGGGGCCGAGCGCAGCAACGCCCGACGUGCCUAACCCCAAUGAACCCCGGGCAACAGCAUAUGCGGGAUCUGACGGUGAGUCGUCAGACAAGACAUGA